UGAAUCGAUGUCAAAUCUACGGUCAGAAUGCGAUUUAUAGGGGCUAUAAUAGUUUCAGAUUUUGAGGGGGACUGCAGUCUACCUAUCCCUAUAAAGAAAUGGUGGCAAGAGAAUUGAAGCAGAGAUUGAAAAGGAGCGGAGACCGCCAGACCAGGAGAGAGAGGAGUGGAAAUGGAAGAGGAUGUAUACCUGCAGGGUCCUCCGCCCAUCGUUUUCCGGUGGGACGUGUUCCUGAGUUUCAGAGGCGAGGACACUCGCCAUGGUUUCACUAUGAACCUCUUCGACGAGCUCGUACGGGAAAAUAUCCGAACGUUCAUGGACGACGAUGGAUUGCAGAGAGGAGAGGAGAUCGCGCCGAGCCUACUGACGGCGAUAGAGGAUUCGUCAGCAUCGAUCGUAGUGAUAUCGAAGAAGUACGCGUCGUCCAGGUGGUGCUUGGAAGAGCUGGCGAAGAUCGUGGAGUGCCGGCGGACGAUACUUCCGGUGUUUUAUGAAGUAGAUCCCUCCGAUGUACGACAACAGAAGGGCCCCUUCAAAGACGACUUCGAGAAACUGGAGAAACGUUUUGGAGUGGAAAAGGUCUUGAUAUGGAGAGAAGCUAUGACGAAAGCUGGUGGAACCGCCGGCUGGGAUUCCAGAACCUGGAAUGAUGAGUCAGAGUUGAUACAAGCUUUAGUUAAAAAGAUUUCGACUGUUUCAAGUAAUACUCCAUUAGGUGUGGCAAAGUAUCCGGUUGGCAUCAGUUCUCGUGUAGAAGAGGUGAUGAGAGUGUUAGAUGUUAAAUCCAAUGAUGUCCGAGUUCUGGGACUUAUUGGAAUGGGUGGGAUAGGCAAGACUACCCUUGCUAAGGCUGUUUACAAUAAGAUGGUCUCUCAAUUUAAGCACCACAGCUUCAUUUUUAAUGUCAGAGAAGCUUCAAGGGGGGGCUGCAAUUUAGUUUCGCUUCAAAAGAAGCUUCUUCGUGAUCUUUUCCCUACUGAUGCACCGCCAGUGGAUGACAUCAGUAAGGGUAUCAAUAUUAUCAAACAAAGAAUUCACGGAAGGCCCGUUCUGGUUGUUCUAGAUGAUGUUGAUGAUGCUAGAGUACUUGAGGCUUUAGUUGGUGGGAGAGAUUGGUUUUGUGAUGGAAGUAGAAUCAUUAUAACCACAAGAGAUAGACAAGUAUUAGAGGACAUUGCAAAUGUAUUCUAUGAUGUUAAAGUAUUAAGCGGGACUGAGCCACUCCAACUCUUCAGUUAUCAUGCCUUUGGGAGGGAGAAAACUCCAGAAACUUUCAUGAGUUUCUCAAAGGAAAUUGCAUCACUCACAGGAGGAUUACCUUUGGCAUUAGAAGUUUUUGGUUCUCUUUUGCUUGGUAACAAAGUAAAAAAGUACUGGGAAGAUGCACUGGAGAAGUUGAGAAAGAUUCCUCCAUAUGAAAUCAAGGAGUUGUUAAAGAUCAGUUAUGAUGCAUUGGAUGAAGAAUGUAAGCGCAUAUUUCUUGACAUUGCAUGUUUCUUUUGUAGCAUGGACAUGAGUAGAGAGAAUGCUAUUGAUAUAUUGAAGGGCUGUGGAUUCCAUGCUGAGACAGCAAUCACAGAACUAGAAAAAAAGUCUCUCAUAAGGAUCAUUGAUGGAAAUACCUUAUGGAUGCAUGACCAGAUUAGAGGCAUGGGACAAAACAUUGUUCAACAGGAAUGCGUUGAAGAUCCUGGUAAGCGUAGCAGAUUGUGGGAUCAAGACGAAGUAAUGUCUGUUUUGGACAUUGCAAAUAAGGGAACAAGAAAAAUUGAGGGCAUCAUCCUUGACACUGGAGAGAAGAAAAUAAAGAGGAUAUUAAGCUCUGAAGGAUAUUCUAAAAUCAUAAAUCGUGGACGUCCUAUUUCAUGGUUGAAGGAAAAAUUCAAGAAUACAUUCAGUUUUGAAGCAGAGGAGAAAGAGGUGAAACUUCGCACUGAUUCGUUCGAACCAAUGAUUAAUCUAAGGCUGCUUCAAAUAAAUCAUGCUAACAUGGAAGGAAGUUUUAAACUUAUCCCUUCUGAACUGAGAUGGUUAGAAUGGAAAGGAUGUCCUUUGGAUGCUUUUCCCUCUGACUUUAGUACUCCAAAACUUUCUGUCCUUGAUCUGUCCGAGAGCAAAAUCAGACAUGUAUGGAAAUCAAGAUGGAUGGGUGGACAGUACAAGAUGGCUAAGAAGCUGAAGGUAAUGAAUCUAUAUGGUUGCUAUAAUCUAAUUGCUACACCUGAUUUUGUUUGGCACCCCAACCUGGAAAAACUCAUUCUGGAGCGUUGCACUGAACUGAUUUAUGUUCACAAAUCAAUUGGGGAUCUAAGUAUGUUGCGUAUCUUGAACCUGAAAGACUGUCGUAAUCUUAUGGAAUUUCCAACUGAUGUUUCUGGAUUGAGAAAACUUGAAAAGCUGAUCCUCUCUGGUUGCUCCAAUCUGAAAGAAUUACCUACAGACCUCAGGAGCCUGACGUCUUUAACUGAGCUUCUUGUUGAUGGAACUGCUAUAGAGAAGCUACCUGAUUCAAUAUCCUGCCUCACCAAACUUGAAACGUUCAGUCUAAGACGAUGCCUGUCACUGACCCAACUACCUACUUCCAUAGGAAAACUGGUUUCUCUAAGAGAACUCUAUCUGGAUGGCUCUUCUUCUUUUAAAGAAAUACCAAUUUCCAUUGGCUCUUUAAAGAGUCUAGAGAAACUAAAUUUAGCUGGUUGUAAAUUGAUAACUAUACUCCCUGAUUCCAUUGGAAAUAUGGAGUCAUUGCUGAGUCUUUUUCUUUCCAGCACUUCAAUUAGAGAACUCCCUGAUUCCAUUGGCUUGUUAUCCCAUCUGAAGCUCUUAUCACUUUUCCAUUGUGAAUCUCUUAGCAAUUUGCCCAAUUCGAUUGGAAGAUUAAUAUCUUUAAGUGAGCUUCACCUAGACUACACAUCAAUCAAAGGUCUACCAGAUGAGAUUGGAAAGUUGAACAUGCUUGAGAACCUGGAAAUGCGGUUUUGUAAUUCACUGAGAUGUUUACCAGAUUCAAUUGUUAAUAUCUCAAGUCUAACUACCUUAAUCCUUAAUGAUGUCAUCAUAACUGAGUUGCCAGAGUCCAUUGGGCAAUUGGAGAAACUUAAGAUAUUGAACAUAAACAAGUGUAAACGUCUCAGAAGUUUGCCAAGUUCCAUUGGGAACUUAAAGAAUCUGCACACCUUGCUAAUGGAGGGAACUGAUAUAACAGAUUUGCCAAGAAGUUUUGGGAAUCUCUCAAGCCUAGGGGUAUUGAGAAUAACAAAACGUCUUCAUCUUCAAAAGCCACAAAACAUCAUUGCAGAAUAUUCAGAGCAAACUAUUCUAACUGCCCAACAGAACAAGUUCUUUGUUCUUCCAACCUCUUUUUCAAAUCUCUCUUUUCUAUAUGAGCUGAAUGCUCAUUCUUGUGGAUUGUCUGGUGAAAUCCCUAAUGAUUUUGAGAAGCUAUCAUCAUUAGAAACUUUAGAUAUAGGACGCAACAAUAUCUGCAGACUUCCAUCAAGUCUGAGGGGCCUUUCUCUUCUCAGAAGUCUUAUCUUGUCUCAUUGUGUGGAGCUCAAGUCCCUCCCACCACUUCCAUCAAGUUUGCUUCAUGUUAAUAUUGCAAAUUGUACUGCAUUGGAGAGUAUAUCCGAUCUGUCAAACUUGAAGAAUUUGGCGCAUCUGGACCUAACAAAUUGCAACAAAGUAAUUGAUGUUCCAGGUUUAGAAUCCUUGAAGUCCUUGAAGUGGCUUUAUAUGAGCGGUUGCACAGCAUGCUGUUCAGUUGUGAAAAGAAGGCUUUCAAAGGUUGCUCUGAGGCAUAUACGCAAUUUGAGUCUUCCUGGAAGUGAUAUCCCACAUUGGUUUGUUCAAGAAAGCCUGAAUUUCUCAAGCCGCAGAAACCGUAAGAUCAGGAAUGUGAUUAUUUGUGUUGUUAUCUCUCUGGACCAACAGUUGCAAGAUGAUUUCAGAGAAGCAGAGAUUGUAAUACCAGAUGUUAUAGCAAGUAUCCUUAGAGAGCCUGGUCCUCGUUCAAUAUUCAAUACUGCAUUGAACUUACAAGGAAUUCCAAAGACACAUGAAGAUCAAAUUUACCUGUGUCGCUAUCCUGAUUGCAAUCCUCUGGUUUCUCUGCUAGAGGAUGGUGAUAGGAUACAAGUAAAAAUGCGUGAUCCACCAUUCAUUGGAGGUCUUCAACUGAAGAAAUAUGGGACUCAUCUGGUUUUUGAAGAUGAUGAUGACUAUGAUUAUGGUGACGAUGAUGCAGAACCGAGUCAUGAAAGCCAGUUAUCUGUCUCAGAGAAACUAGCAAAGUUUUUCAGAUCUUUGGAAUGAUUUUACCAUUGAUUUGAUUUGGUUCUCGUGGAACUCAAAGACUGCAGAUGAAACUAUUCAGCCUUUACUGUUUCCGUUUGGUCUCUUGGUGCCCCAAAAUAACCUUGUUGGUGUGCUUUCUCGUCUUAUGCUCCCUCUCCUUCAUUUGCAACUUGCAAGAAUAUCUGGGUUUGAGAACUGAGAUCGAUACAAGUAACUUAAUCCCAGCAGGAGCAUGAUUCAGUGUACUGAGGUCGUUAUUCUGGAAAGAUAUACUUUUUGUUACUGCACUUAAUGUCGUAAAAUUAAAAAUUUGAAAGUUGUGUUAUAUGUUACGAAAGACAUUCGUAAUUAUUGGGCAUGAAAGCUAUAUUUACAGAUUAGAAUAACUAUGAAUGACUACAACGUUUCCACUUCUUGUC